AUGGAGAGACUUCAGGCUGUUCUAAGGCCACAGAUUCACCAUGCUUCCAGGGUGCUCAGCAGUUGUGAGAAUAAAGCCACAAACCCGUCCAACAGGCAAGAAGACUGGGAAUACAUCAUUGGAUUCUGUGACCAGAUCAACAAAGAACUUGAAGGGCCACAGAUAGCUGUGAGGCUCCUGGCUCAUAAAAUCCAGUCACCACAGGAAUGGGAGGCAGUCCAAGCCUUGACAGUGCUGGAAGCUUGUAUGAAGAAUUGUGGGAGAAGAUUUCAUAACGAAGUAGGGAAGUUUCGUUUUUUAAACGAGUUAAUAAAAGUUGUGUCUCCAAAGUACCUGGGAGACCGAGUCUCUGAGAAGGUGAAGACCAAAGUCAUUGAAUUGCUGUAUAGCUGGACAGUGGCACUGCCAGAAGAAUCCAAAAUCAAGGAUGCCUACUACAUGCUGAAGCGACAAGGGAUCGUUAUGUUUGACCCUGUGAUUCCUGCAGACAGAACCCUGAUUCCUUCUCCACCACCUCGUCCCAAAAACCCCGUGUUUGAUGAUGAGGAGAAAUCCAAGCUUCUAGCCAAACUGCUGAAAAGUAAAAACCCAGAUGACUUACAAGAGGCCAACAAGCUUAUAAAAUCUAUGGUAAAAGAGGAUGAAGCUCGGAUUCAAAAAGUGACCAAACGGAUGCACACGCUGGAGGAAGUGAAUAACAACGUGAAGCUGCUGAAUGAGAUGUUGGUUCAUUACAGCAAAGAGGAGUCAUCAGAGGCUGAUAGGGAGCUCAUGAAGGAGCUCUAUGAAAGGUGUGAGACCAAAAGACGGACGUUAUUUAAGCUGGCCAGUGAGACAGAGGAUAAUGACAGCAGUUUGGGGGAUAUUCUGCAGGCCAGUGACAAUCUAUCCCGUGUGAUAAACUCCUAUAAAAAAAUAAUAGAGGGGCAAGUGAUCAAUGGUGAAGUGGAUCUCCCUGUCAUGUCUGUAGUGGAAG